AUGCUCGCUGCCAUUCGUCCAACCGUCCAGAUUCUCAGCAGGUCUGCUGUCCGCGUUGCACCCAGGCCAUUCGCGGCCCCGCUGAUGCGAGCAGGGUUUACUUCCAGCGUACGAGUCAACGGCGUGCAGAAGCGAUUCACCGAGGAGCACGAAUGGGUCUCUUUUGACGAUGCCACCAACAUUGGUACCGUUGGAAUCACCGACUACGCACAGAAGGCGCUCGGCGAUGUCGUGUUCAUCGAGCUUCCCGAGGCUGGUGCUCAGGUCAAGAAGGGAGAUGACAUCGGGGCUGUCGAAUCCGUGAAGGCUGCUUCGGACAUCUACGCACCUGUCUCUGGCCAGAUUGAGGCUGUCAACGAGAAGCUCAAUGACGAGCCCAGCUUGCUCAACAAGCAGCCCGAAAGCGAUGGCUGGCUCUGCCAGAUCAAGCUCUCGAACCCUUCCGACUUCGAGACGCUCCUUACCGCCGAAGCUUACCAGAAGAUCUGCGAGAACUAA